AUGGAAGGAGUUCCGGCAACAAUAGGAAGCUCCGGCGACGACGGUUUGUCAGCUCAGGCACAACAGCAACCAGCUCAAGCUCAAGCUCAAGCUCAUGUAAAUGGCGGCGGUGGCGGUGGUGAUGAUGGUGGGUCGAUUGCUGGUGAAGAAGGUGACCGGAAUUCCGGUGGAAACCGGUGGCCGAAGCAAGAAACAUUGGCUCUGAUUAAAAUCCGGUCAGAUAUGGAUGCAGCUUUUCGUGAUUCAAAUCUCAAAGGCCCAUUAUGGGAUGAUGUUUCCAGGAAACUAUCGGAGCUCGGAUUUCAUCGAAGCGCCAAGAAAUGCAGAGAGAAAUUCGAGAACGUUUAUAAAUAUCACCGGAGAACCAAAGAAGGCCGGACUUCGAAAUCCGACAAAACUUAUCGUUUUUUCGAUCAAUUACAAGCUCUGGAAGCAAGCCCACGUGGUGCAUUUCCUCCGCCACUCGCCGCCGUGAAGCCACCGCCAAUCUUCAUGGGGAUGUCCAAUAAUGCCACCACUCAUCCUCUUCCGGUUACUGUUCCAUCCUUUAAUCUCACCGGAUCCGAUCAGAAUAAUGUCAGUCCGAUUUCAGUUGCAGCACCGGCUGGGAUGGUGGUGCCGCCGCUUCCGGCGAUGAAUCACAAACGGAGUUUUCCGUUUCCGCAGCCGAAUAUGUCGGGGUCCACGAAUUCUGACGAAUCGUAUACUUCUUCCGACGAGGAGCCGCCGAGGAAGAAGCGGAAAUGGCAGGAAUUCUUUGGGAAGUUGAUGAACGAAGUGAUCGAGAAGCAAGAGGAACUGCAGAUGAAGUUUCUUGAUACUUUGGAUAGACGGGAGAGAGAUCGAGUGGCGAGGGAGGAGGCGUGGAGAGCACAAGAGAUUGCGAAGAUGAAUCAAGAACACGAAAGGUUAGUCAAGGAGAGAUCAAUUGCGGCGGCGAAAGACGCUGCCGUCGUCACGUUUUUGCAGAAGAUGACCGGAAAAACACCCGAUGUUGGUGCUUUUCCAACCAUCCAGCAACACCAGCACCAACAGCAGCAGCAACAGAUCCAGAAAUCACCGCCACCACAUCAUCAAGUACUUCCACCGGUGGCAGUGGCGAUACCAGUAUCUGGACCACCACCACCACAGACAGCAAUACCCGUGGCGCCACCAACAAUACAAGCGGCUCCACAGACAAUACCAUCGGUGGCGCAACCGAUGGUGAAAAAUCUUGGUGGUGGGGGAGGAGAGAGCAUGUUAUUGCCGAGCCCAUCAAGGUGGCCGAAAGCCGAGAUAAAUGCAUUGAUUAGUCUACGAACGCAGCUCGACAUCAAGUAUCAAGAAAACGUGCCGAAGGGUCCGUUGUGGGAGGACAUAUCGGCGGCGAUGAGGAAGCUCGGCUACAACCGGAACGCUAAACGGUGCAAAGAGAAAUGGGAGAACAUUAAUAAGUACUACAAGAAAAUGAAGGAGGGCAACAAGAAGAGACCGGAAGAUUCCAAAACAUGCCCGUAUUUCCACCAGCUCGAUGCAAUUUACAGUGAGAAAGCUAACAACAACUCUGAAACAAAGAUGACCGCCAUUGUUGCUCGACCGGAGCAACAAUGGCCACCAGCAGCUACUGUUGCAGUGCAAGAGAAAGCACCAACACCACAGCAGCAACCGUCUACCGAUGCUGUUUACAUGGAUAAAUCUGCCAACAAUCUGGCUUUCACUGUAAAACCCGAAACCCAGAUCACUCCAGUCGCAGCUUGGCCGCAGCAACAAUGGUUGCUUCCAACGGCGGUGCAAGAAACACCUCGACAACCACCGCAGCAACAACUAUCCACCGCGGGUGCAGACGAUCAAGGGAGCGGGAAUGAUGAUGAUUACGAUGAUGAUGAGGAUGAGGAUGAGGAUGAGGAUGAGGAUGGUGGGGAUGAGAUCGUUCCUAACAAGAUGUCUUCAAUGGCUGCUGUUUAGAGAGAGAAAAGAAGGUUUCAUCUUUUCGAUUGGAAACAAGAAGCAGAAGAAGUGAAAUGGAUGUGUCGGGUAAACGGGUCGGGUCGUGGUUUGGUUGGUGGAAAUUUGAAUGGGAACACAUGGGGGUGUUAACUUUGGUAAGAUGGGUAAUAGCAUUUUUUAUUGGUAAAAAUGAUAAAAAGA